AUGAUAAAUCAUAGCCCUAUAUGCAGUUGCUCUAUAGGAAACACGGGUGAUCCGUUCACUAGAUGCUACAACAUACCACCACCUCCAAAAGAACAACCGACACCAGUAGUAACAGAUCCUUGCGUUCCAAGUCCUUGUGGAGCAAACAGUCAGUGCAGAAAUAUAGGAAACAACCCGUCAUGUUCAUGUCUACCGAACUAUAUAGGCAACCCGCCUAACUGUAAGCCAGAAUGUACAAUCAACUCAGAAUGCCCAAGCAACUUGGCUUGUAUCAAUGAAAAAUGCAAGGACCCUUGUCCUGGAUCUUGCGGUAUUGGAGCAGUAUGCGAAGUACGGAAUCACAAUCCAAACUGUGCUUGUCCUCCUGGUUAUAGUGGCGAUGCUUUCGUCACUUGCAUUUAUGUACCUCCACAACUACCAGCACCAAAAGACCCUUGCCAUCCAAACCCAUGUGGUCCAAACGCAAGGUGCAAUGAUGGUACAUGUACUUGUCUGCCAGAAUACCAAGGAGAUCCAUACAGAGAAUGUCGACCAGAAUGUGUAUUGAACAGUGACUGUCCUAGAGAUAAAGCAUGUAUAAACAGAAAAUGCAAAGAUCCAUGCCCUGGAAUUUGUGGACAAAACGCUGAAUGUACCGUGUUCAACCACGUACCUUCAUGCAAUUGCUUACAGGAAUAUUCAGGAAAUCCAUUUGUACUUUGCUCGAAAGUUGAAGCCCCACCACCAAGAAACCCGUGCAGUCCGUCACCAUGUGGACCGAAUAGCCAGUGUCGCGAAAUUAACGCCCAAGCGGUAUGCUCCUGUCUACAGGGCUAUAUCGGUAGUCCACCAACUUGCCGACCAGAAUGCGUUUCGAGCUCGGAAUGUCCUCUGAACCAAGCCUGCUUGAACCAAAAAUGCGUCGAUCCUUGUCCAGGCACUUGCGGUAUAAACGCCCGGUGUCAAGUCGUGAACCACAACCCAAUUUGCUCUUGUCCCGAAAGGUUCACCGGUGAUCCUUUCAUAAGCUGUCGCGUAGUGAUUGUCCAGGAACCUACACGGUUGCCGGAACCCAAAGACCCUUGCCUACCAUCCCCAUGCGGUCCCAACGCUCGAUGUGAAACAACCCAAAGCGGUACCGCGAAAUGCACUUGCUUGGAGAGCUACAUCGGGUCACCUCCAAGCUGUAGACCUGAAUGUGUCUCUAAUAGUGAUUGCUCGAAAGAUCUGGCAUGCGUUAACCUGAAAUGCAAAGAUCCCUGUCCUGGUUCCUGUGGAUUGAAUGCACGAUGUCUUGUAGUUAAUCACGUACCCAACUGUGUCUGUCUAGAUAGUUUUGUUGGAGAUCCUUUCACUAUGUGUCAUAGACCAAGUAAGACAUUUUCAUUUCUUUGUGUUAACAAUCUUCAUUUUUUCGCUGACGCUAUAAACAACAGAUCAACUGUUGUUGAAAACGGCAUUGUAGCUAGAGCUUUUUUCAAUACAAACAUGACGUGGUAG